AUUUGCAGUUACUCCUGCAACUCCAAUUCCAUCUCAGUUAAAAAUUCAAUUUCUAAGAUAAAUUCAUUGAAGGAAAAAAAAAAAGUUUCAACAGGUUUAAAUUUAUAUUGUUUAUUGUUGGCUUUUAUUCUUUUCCAAGAAGCAGAGAUAGAGAGUGAAGAUAACCUUGUGUACCCUCUUCAUGGAGGAAAUGUACGGAUUGCAAUCAGCGGUGGACUACGGGGAUAAGUCGACGGACUACGCCGACAAGGCCCUUAUGACGCCGGAGAACCUGAUCCUUCCUAUGGAUUACCAGAGCCUGCUCUCCUCCGUAGCUUUCCGCGACCAUCGGGUCCCGAUGAUGUUCGGAUCCGACGCCGGCGACUUGUACUCGGCCAUAUCCUCCGUGCCGGAGUUUCGGCGCGGGGAGGAAGAUGUUUUUGGACCCAUCAAAGCCAAAAUUGCUUCCCAUCCAAGCUACCCUAGACUUAUUGAGGCCUACAUCGAUUGCCAGAAGGUAGGAGCGCCUCCGGAAAUAGCGAGCUUCUUGGAGGAAAUCCGCCGAGAAAAUGACCUUUAUAAACGAGAAAGAGACGCUGCUAUGUCCACGUGUUUAGGAGCCGAUCCCGAGCUCGACGAGUUCAUGGAAACCUACUGCGAUAUGCUGGUCAAGUACAAAUCAGAUCUAGCAAGGCCUUUUGAUGAAGCCACCACGUUCUUGAACAAGAUUGAAACGCAACUCAGCAAUCUCUGCAUUCGAACUCUCUCCGAUGAAGGUGCUGUGUCAUCAGAGGAGGAGUUCAGCGGAGGCGAAUUAGAGGUACAAGAAGCUCAAGCUCGGGGAGAAGAUCGAGAUCUCAAAAAUAGGCUUUUCCGUAAGUUUGGCAGUCAUAUUGGCACCUUGAAGCUGGAAUUCUCCAAGAAGAAGAAGAAGGGAAAGCUUCCGAAGGAAGCAAGACAAGCGUUACUUCAUUGGUGGAGUGUUCACUAUAAAUGGCCAUACCCGACGGAGGCUGAUAAGAUUGCACUGGCGGAAUCAACGGGGCUCGAUCAGAGGCAAAUCAACAACUGGUUCAUCAAUCAGCGGAAACGUCAUUGGAGACCAUCUGAAAACAUGCAAUUUGCCGUCAUGGAUAACCUUUCUGGACCAUUCUUUGCCGACGAUUGAGGUGGUACUUGUAUACAUGUAUUCGCAAGUGCUUCACCUCAUGAAUCAUGAUCAUAAUCUAUUUAUGCUACAAAUAGUCUGUCCUACCUUAAUUCAGUGUACAUGAUGAUCUGAAAAUGUAAACUAUUUACCGACA